AUGCCGCCGAAAAUAGUGGAAACUCUGCUUGGAGUGUGGCCACAGUGGGCUGCCUGCUUGACAGUGACCGUGUUAUCUAUCAGUUUGGGACUCGUGAUUGGAUGGACGUCGCCUUACAUCGCGCAACUGACUGAUAAGAGCUCGUCGUUGUAUUUGACGGAACACGAGGCGUCAUGGGUGGCCUCGCUGUUGCCAUUGGGACGUCUUUUUGGGGCGUGCGCUGGUUCGGUUAUUGUCGAGUAUUUGGGAAGCAAAAGGGCCCUUCUAUCGGCUGGCGGGCCCUUACUGCUGGGCUGGAUUUGUAUAUUAUGCGCCAAUUCCGCCGAGUGGCUCUAUAUCUCUAGAUUUGCCUCGGGAAUUUCCUUCGGCGUUUUCUUCAGUUCCUUUUCCCUGUACAUCGGGGAAAUUGCAACCCCGAAUAUCCGUGGCUCGUUGGUCGCCAUGAUAAUCAACGGAAUGCCAUUUGGGAUGCUGAUCGGCAACACGAUGGGCAGUCACAUAUCGAUGAUGUGGUUCGCGAUCAUCAGCUUGAUUCUGAACGUCGUGUACAUCGGGUUCUUCAUUGCUCUGCCACGGUCCCCGUAUUUCUACGCCCGCAAGGACGACAUAGAGGAGGCGAAGAGAACGAUCCAAUGGUACCACAGAAAAUCGAACGUCAGCGAGGAACUGAAGAUCAUCCAAGAGUUCGUUCAAUCCGCGAAAUCCACCACGUUCCUCGACAAACUCAAGCAGUCCAUCGAGAAGAGGAACAGACAAAUAUUCAUCAUGGUCAUGAUCCUGUUCGUAAUAAUGCAGCUCAGUGGACUCAACACCAUCGUCUUCUACAUGGAAGUCAUAGUCACCAAGGCGAAAGUAACGGGGAUGAGACCACCGGACGUCGUGAUACUCUCUGGAGUGUUUGGUAUAAUCGUCGGUUGGGUCGGCGUUUAUCUCAUGGAUCGGUGUGGCAGAAGGCUUCUGAUGGCAAUAUCGUGCAUCAGUAUAAUCAUCGCGAUGAUCCUUCUGGGAUUACACUUCCUGCUGCUGGACCAUAAUUACAACCCGAAAAAUCUCGAGUGGAUGACGAUCAUCGCGAUGAUGCUUUACACGUUGAUAUCCAUCGGAGUGGCGCCGGUUCCCAGCACGAUGCUCGCGGAGCUUUUCCCGUCCGAUUUAAAGAGCAUAGCCGGAUUCAUGGCCAGCUUCACGUCCGCGUUGUUCGCUUUUAUCAGCAGCAAAACUUUUCAUCCCUUAUCCGUACUGAUGUCGGAGACUUAUGUUUUCUGGAUGUACGCGAUCCUAAUGAUUCUUGGCCUCAUAUACUCGGUGCUCAAUGUACCGGAAACUAAAGGGAAGACCCUACAGGAAAUUCAAGAAAUGUUAAAUUCGGUUGAUGCCUCGAAAGGUACGAUCAUGGUCCAGGAAACGAAUAUCAAGCUGCCCAGAAACGCGACAUGGCCGCAAUGGAUCGCCGGCAUCGGAGUUGCGCUGGUGAUGGUUCAACCGGGAAUGAUGGCGAGCUGGUCUUCUCCGUACAUUCCGCUGUUAAUGUCGCCAGAUUCGCAAUUCGUGCUCACAUUAACGGAAGUGUCCUGGGUGGUAUCGUUGCUGAAUGUCGGUAGAAUGGCCGGGGCCGUUAUAGGUUCAUUGUGCGUCAAUUAUUUAGGGAGCAAGACGACGAUACUGGUCACCCUGGUGGUGGUGACGUUGUGCUGGACGUGCAAGAUCGUGGCGGAUAGCGUCGUGUGGCUCUACGUAGCCAGAGUUUUCGGCGGCAUGACCCUCGGAAUGGCCUUCAGCUGCUUCUCUCUCUACGUGGGCGAGAUAGCGGAUCCCAGCAUCCGAGGUGCGCUGGUCGCUCUCGGCAUGACUGGCAUACCGUUCGGAAACUUUCUCAUGAGCAUCAUGGGAGCGUACUUGUCCAUGCCGAUAUCCAGCACGAUCAGUCUGGCCCACGGCAUCCUGCUGAUGAUCCUCUUCAUCUGGCUGCCGGAAUCCCCGCAUCACUUCAUCAGAAAGAAGCUGGACGAGAAAGCGAAGGCGUCGAUUCGCUGGUACCACCCCGGCUGCGACGUGGAGAUGGAAUACGUGGUGCUUCGUAACUUUAUCGAGAAACUCGGCGACCAACCGAUCCUGGCUACUUUGAAAGAGUUCAAGAUACCGCAGUAUAGAAAAUCGUUGCUCGUCUUCCUGAUCCUGAUGAUGUUCAGUCAGCUGAGCGGCGUCAAUAAUAUCCUGUUCUACAUGGAGUCGAUUUUAACGAUGGCCAGAGUCACCACGGUACCGCCAUCGCAAAUAGUGAUAAUAGUGAUGACGUUCGGAAUCGUUGGAUCCGUUCUGUCCGUGUUUCUCAUGGACAGAUUCGGACGAAAGUUCCUCAUGAUAAUAUCGUGUAUCGGUAUCUCGGUGUCUUUGUGCCUGUUGACCGUUGUGUUCCAUUUAUUGGACCACGAUAUCGAUCCAAAGAUACUGGAAGGAACGUCGAUCUUCGCGAUGGUUUUCUUUUACAUGAUGAUCUUCGUGGGUAUGCUUCCUGUGCCACCCGCCGUGUUGAGCGAGUUAUUUCCGCCCCACCAAAAAUGCAUAGUGGCGUUUUUCGGCAGCAGUUCCGCCGGCCUUUUUUCCUUCAUAGCAACGACCACUUAUUUGCCUCUGUUAGGUCUGCUGACCGAAAAGUAUGUGUUUCUCUUUUACGGAUUGGCGGUAUUAACAGCCGUGCCCUACACGCUCGUUUCCGUGCCCGAGACGAAGGGACUGUCUUUGCAAGAAAUCCAACGCAAACUACUCAAGGACAAAUAGAUGUGUUUUCAUUUCAGUGACAAACGUUUGAACGAAACGAAUCGAAAAUAUAGAAUAAAACUUUUCCACCCGAGUCUUUGUUCGGGAGGUAAACGAUUUAUAUUUGUUUAAACGUACGUUGAUCACCAGGUGACCUGAUGAAUUAUUUCUACAAAAUUUAAUUUAAUUUUCACCCAUUUAAUGUGAUCUAGUAUAGGCGACUCUUAGACGAGCCAAGCAGUGGUUUUGAAACAAAUUGAAUCUUUUGUUCACGGAAAUGCUACUAUUAAAAUUUGUUAUAGAGAACGAAAAAGUUUCAUCGUAUGAUAAGAAUCUUUUUUUGUACAGGUAACGUGCGAAAUUGUAAAUACAUGAAUUUUGUAAAGAUAAUACUCGACCCUAGAUAAGAUUGUUUCUGAAAUCGGUUUUUAAAUAAACACCGUC